AUGACGAGCUGGAAACAAUGUAUUCCCUUGCCACCCAACUUCGUAUGGCUCGCUAAAUUGUCACGGUUAUGGCUCCUCGUUUGGCUCUCCUCACAUGUUCACAGUCCCUAUCCACGGAUUACUCGCGCCGAUGAUGUUACUCCAAGAGCCGCCCUCGUUACUCUGGCCUAUGAAUAUGACCUUGAACCUUUGCUUUCAUCAAUGCAUCAGUUAGAGGAUGCCUUCAAUAGCCGAUACAAUUACGACUGGGUGUUUUUCAGCACUGCGCCUUUGAGCGAGGAGUUUCGUCGGUUGACAUCGAACGCAACCACAGCUACAUGUGUUUAUGAAGUCGUUCACCAGGGUGAUGUCCCUUUACGUCACAGGGAGAAAAAGGACCCCAUCAGCCAAGGUCAGCCAUCACAAACGUCCCAGGAAGCUGCUUCACCAACUCGUGGCGACACAUUCGAACCGCCACAGACUUUCCGUCAGCUGCAGCGAUGGAACAAUGGACCCUUUGCAAAAGAGAAGCGGCUUCAGACAUAUGACUGGUUUUGGAGGAUUGAGCCAGGAGCUCAGUUCACACAUGACAUUGGAUUUGACAUUUUUCGUUUCAUGAGAGAUCACAACAUUGCGUACGGAUCCAGCAAGGCCAACUUUACACCACUCCAGCGGUCACUGCUUUCACAUCAGGUCAAAAGAUUUUUGGAAAAGCACCCUGAUCUUUUGCAUGCAGAAGCAGAUGUAGCCUGGCUACUUGGGCUUUCUGAUAAUGGUCGUAGCCACGGUGAUUCACUAAGAAGCCAAGAGUCGAAUUCCGAUGCCACACAGAUUGUAAGUGGUAACUUUGGCAACGACUAG